GGCGCUGUCCUGGGACACCAACUCCCGGAUGGAAGAGAGGUGCCGGUGGCAUACUUCUCCCAGACGCUUGCUGCAGCCGAACGAAACUACUCACAGAUUGACAAGGAGGGUCUGGCAAUCGUGAAGGGCGUAAAAAAAUUCCAUGAUUUCUUGUACGGGCGGCCCUUUACCAUAGUGACUGACCACAAGCCGUUGCUUGGCCUGUUUGCCCCCGAGAAGCAGACCCCCCAAGUGUUGUCUCCACGUGUCCUCAGGUGGUCAAUUUUCCUUGCCGGCUACCAGUAUGCACUAAUCCACCGCCCUGGGAAGGCGAUGGGCCACGCAGACGCCCUCAGCAGGCUACCACUACCAGAAACAGGCCCCGACCCAGCGCCUGCGCAAGAGGUUAUGACCCUGGAGCUGCUUCCCGACCGACCCAUUCAGGCACAAGAAGUUGCGCACCAUUCCACAAAAGAUAGGGUCAUCUCCCGGGUCCUGGACUGGGUGUGGCGAGGAUGGCCCAGCAGCAGCCCCGGGCCAGAAUUCGCUGGCUACACAAACCGCAAACAUGAACUGUCGGCCCACAAGGGGUGCCUGUUAUGGGGAAGCAGGGUUGUUGUUCCCCAGCCCCUCCGCAAAAGGGUCCUCACAGCCCUACACGAGACACACCCAGGGGUAGUGAGGAUGAAGGCCCUUGCCAGGAGUUAUGUGUGGUGGCCGGGGAUUGACAGAGAGAUAGAGGCCUGGGUCCAACACUGCCAGACCUGCCAAGAAUCCCGCCCGGAUCCCCCAAGGGCCCCAGUCCAGCCCUGGGAGUCCGCCCGACAACCAUGGUCACGCUUGCACGUGGACUUCGCUGGCCCCUUCCAGGGAAAAACAUUCUUCAUAGUGGUGGAUUCCUACACCAAAUGGCUGGAGGUCGCACUGGUACCGUCCACUUCUACGGCGGCAGCCAUCCGGGUACUACGUAAGCUGUUUGCAACCCACGGGCUCCCUGACACCCUCGUCUCGGACAAUGGAACCGCAUUCACGUCAGAGGAGUUCCAGACCUUCACAGCGCAGAACGCCAUCCGCCACAUCCGCUCAGCACCAUUCCACCCUGCCACCAAUGGCCAAGCGGAGCGCAUGGUGCGGACCACCAAGGACAGCCUCCGCCGCAUGACACAAGGGAACUGGGAAUACCGCCUUGCCGCAUUUCUUCUAGCACAGCACAGCACCCCAAGCACAACGACGGGCCGGAGCCCAGCUGAACUACUAAUGGGCCGGCGCCUUGCAACUAGACUGGACCGACUUCACCCCGACAGAGCUCAGGAUGAGGUAGUGGUGGGGAAAGGCAGGAACUCCCGGACAUUUGUGGCCCAGGACCCAGUGUAUGCAAAGAAUUUUGGGGCAGGCCCAGCAUGGGUACCCGCCACAGUCACCAAGGUGACCGGUCCCGUGUCGUACGAGGUACUAACGGAAGGGGGGCAAUGUUGGCGCCGCCACUGCGACCAGCUACGGCGACGAUUCCCAGGAGGAACCCGGGAGGAGAGCGGGACAGAGGGGUCCCAAGGGGACAGCAGGGCAGUGAGGCCUGUAGAGCGAGAGGGGUGGGCAGGGGAAGCAGAAGCAGUAGGCACAGAGGGGCGCCCCGAGGCUGGAAGGACACCGGAACCAGAGCCACAACCUAGUGGUUCAGUGGCGCCAGACCAGACAGCCCCGGCACAGCCAGCAGCCUCGGAACACGAGCCAGAACCAGAACCCCUGACCAAGGAACACCCCAGGCCACAACGCACACGGAGGCGGCCAGCAGACCUUGGGGACUACGAAUGCAACUUCCCGGGCAGGACUGGAACUUAGAGGGGAGGGGUGUUAUGUACUGAGCUGAAUCCUAGAACAAUAGGAUUCAGAAUCAGCGGGAGCUACCCAAUCCAACUCCAGGUGGAAGUGAAUCCGCAACCUGAUUGGCCUGCUGGAGCAGCCAAUCAGGCGGCUGGCAGAAGUGAAUCUGCUACCUGAUUGGCCUGUAGGAGCAGCCAAUCAGGCUGCAGGCAGAAGUCAAUCCACAAUAUAAUUGGCCCACAGGUGUAGCCCUGAAGUAGCCAAUCACGCAAGGCCCAUUGUGUAAAUAAUGUAUAUAAGCAGAUGGUUUUGGGAAAAGAGCCAUUCGUCUUC